AUGUUUUCAAUAAGAGCUAUAAAGUUUUUGUUUCAGUACGUUCCGAUUACAGCACAACAUCAAAAAUUGAGUAAAAUUGAAACUCUUCGACUAGCUAAAAACUAUAUCUUAGCGCUUCAAAGAAUGCUUCAAACUGGUCGACAACCAACACCACUUGAGUAUGCUCAUCAAUUAUCCAUUGGUCUCAGCCAAACUACCACAAAUAUGUUAGCAAAUCUGUUACAAGUAAGUCGAUUGGUUCAACCACGCCUACUUCUUGCUGCCACAACUGUCUCCGGAAUGGAAAUGUCAGUUGUGCCUCCACCAAGCGUUUAUCCGCAAGGGGCACCUUACGCAGGCGAGUACAGCAGCUCUGAGUCCAGUUUUAGUAGUCCCAAUAACUGUUAUGGAUAUCAACAUUAUAUGCAAUAG